GUGACAUUCCUCUCCUCUUCCACGGUGACUCUACAGCUUUCUCUAAAUCGAAUAUUUGUAAACUAUGGCUUCAUCUGCAAAGAAGGUUUUGAUCCCUAUUGCUCAUGGUACUGAACCCCUAGAAGCGGUGGCGAUGAUCACCGUACUGCGACGAAGUGGUGCUUACGUGACGGUGGCUUCCGUUGAGAAUCAGGUUGGCGUUGAUGCUUGUCAUGGUAUCAAGAUGGUCGCCGACACUCUCCUCUCUGACAUUACCCACUCCAUUUUCGACCUUAUCAUGCUCCCCGGAGGGCUUCCCGGCGGCGAGACUCUUAAAAACUGCAAACCUUUAGAGAAAAUGGUUAAGAAACAAGACACUGAUGGACGACUUAACGCAGCUAUCUGUUGUGCUCCUGCUUUGGCUCUUGGUACUUGGGGUUUACUAGAGGGUAAAAAAGCAACAUGUUACCCUGUUUUUAUGGAGAAACUUGCGGCUACUUGUGCCACAGCUAGUGAGUCAAGAGUUGAGAUAGAUGGAAGGAUAGUGACCAGUAGAGGACCAGGAACAACCAUUGAAUUCUCUCUCACGCUUAUUGAGAAGUUGUAUGGGAAACAGAUAGCUAAUGAUGUCUCUAGCAUUAUUUUGCUUCCUCGUCCUAACCCUGGUGAGGAGUUUACCUUCACCGAGCUUAACCAAACGAAUUGGACAUUCGAAGAGACCCCACAGAUUCUUGUUCCUAUUGCUGAGGGCUCAGAUGAAAUUGAAGCUAUAGCCGUAGUAGACAUCCUAAGGAGGGCAAAAGCAAACGUUGUGAUUGCUUCAGUUAGCAACAGUUUGGAAGUUGUAGGAUCUCACAAAGCUAAUUUAGUCGCAGAUGUGCUUCUUGAUGAGGUUCUAGAGAAGUCGUUCGAUCUGAUUAUGUUGCCUGGAGGUCUUAACGGUGCUUCAAGAUUGUCACGCUGCCAGAAACUGGUGAAUCUGUUAAAGAAACAAGCUGAAGCAAACAAACCAUAUGGAGGAAUCUGCGCGUCCCCUGCUUACGUCUUUGAGCCUCAUGGUUUACUCAAGGGUAAGAAGGCAACUACACACCCAGUGGUGAGCAACAGACUUUCGGACCAAAGUCACGUUGAGCACAGAGUCGUGGUGGAUGGAAAUCUCAUAACAAGCAGAGCUCCAGGGACUGCAAUGGAGUGUGCACUUGCGAUUGUUGAGAAGUUUUACGGGCGAGAGAAAGCUCUUCAGCUCGCUAAGGCAACACUUGUGUAAGAAUGAAGUGUGACGUUAAUAAAAGGGUUUAGUUCAUCUCUUGACUGAUGUUGAGUGAUAUUGUAAUAAGAACUUUGGCUGGAGUAAGUGGGUAAUUUAUAGCUAUACUAAACAUGUAAUUUAUGUUUUUAAGGCAUACUAAGUGUUUUCCCUGCAGAUGGUCAUAAUCAUCUUACAAAUCAACUCAAAAAUAAGGAGAAAUAUGAUCAAACCGUUCAACCCAUCAAGCAAUGUCAAGAGAAAUAUGCAUAGAAACCAUCGACCACCUAUGGUCAGAUUCAAGCACAAAAUAUUCGAGUAACUCUUGAAAUUUAUUUUGAUGCUCGAAAACCAACUUCCCGUUGAAACUAAUGUGUCAUGAUGCUUAGAAGACCAAUAUGAUAUAAAUAUUAGAUGUCAAAAAUAUAUCUAUUUUCUAUCAUAAUGAACUAUUUCAAAGGUAAACCAAAGUACAUC